AUGGCGAGCAAAGAUCCUGAGCACAGAGAGGAGGAAGAAACCGCUGGAGCAGAAGACGAAGACACCGGAGCACAGGUCGCUCCAAUCGUCAAGCUCGAAGAGGUCGCUGUUACUACCGGUGAAGAAGACGAAGAGGCGAUCCUCGAUCUGAAAUCAAAGCUGUAUCGAUUCGACAAAGACAGCAAUCAAUGGAAGGAGAGAGGUGCUGGUACUGUGAAGCUCUUGAAGCAUAAGGAAACUGGCAAAGUUCGUCUCGUUAUGCGUCAAUCCAAAACUCUCAAGAUCUGUGCAAACCACCUCGUUCUUCCUACUAUGUCGGUGCAGGAGCACGCAGGGAAUGAAAAAUCUUGUGUAUGGCAUGCGGCUGACUUUGCCGAUGGUGAACUGAAGAAUGAAUUGUUCUGUAUUAGAUUCGGAUCAAUUGAGAAUUGCAAAAACUUCAUGGAAAUGGUUCAAGAGGUUGCUGAGUCCCAAAGUAAGAAAGAAGAAAAUAAGGAUGCAUCGACUGCUGCUGAGCUGCUUGAGAACCUGAGUGUUGGAAAUAAACAAACUGAAAAGAAACCCAAGGAAGAGGCACCUGUUGCAGCCAAGGAAUCUAGAAAAUCAGAUGCCGAAAAGAAGGAUGAGUCUGCUUCUUCAACUUAA